AUGGUCAGCAAGUACUACUAUCACGGUUCAAACGAUGCUGCUGACUACCUCUCAAAGGAACAACCAGUCGUUAUCACCAAUCAAUCCUCUCGUUCGAUAGGAAUGCAUCGACGAGCAGCACUCAACGUCACGGCGAGAUUUUCCUUGACCGCGACCACUAUCGGUCAAGAUUUGUAUCUAAUUGGCGGCCAGACUGCUGCUGACCCCACAAAAAAUCCAAUAGCAGAUAACAUAUUACAUGUCGAUUAUUCUUUGAACGUAGACGAAGAGAAUACAAAGCUAGCCGUGCAGGGACACGGAGCUGCUACAGUCGGUUCGAAAAUACUAAUAUUCUAUGGGCAACAAUCUCUGACACCUCAAGUGUUUGCUGCUCCCAUCCAGCAAAUAGACCCAACAACCGGUGUAGUGUCUAAUUUCCCCAACAAGGGAAAUAUACCGGCCUCACGUUUCGACCAUACCGUCACUGUUGUAAAUAAAAAAGCCUAUAUAAUUGGAGGAAGUACUCCAAAAGGAGUGCUCAAAGACGUUUCUUACUUUGACUUGACUACAAGCACCUGGCACACGCUCGAUGCAACAAAAUUCCCAGAUAAUGCGGCUAUCUCUGGUCAUGCUACAAUCGCUGUAAACAACCUUUUGAUUUCGUGCUUUGGCAUAGACAAUAAAAAUGCAUUGAGAAGCGACUGUAUUAUAUUCGACACCGACAAAAACGACUUUGUACAAGCAAUUAUCUCUGGAACGACUCCUCCUCCGCGUUCUGACGCAACCAUGGUUAUCGGUAAUAGCACAGCUGAAAUACUGGUAUUUGGCGGAAUGGACGUUAGGAAUAAAGCGGCAUUCAACGACAUGUACAUCUUGAAUGCUUCUGGUGCACCCACUUUGACGUGGCAACAGGUGAAAGUAAAUGCAAAGAACAAUACUUUUAUUCCAUCGCCAAGAGGAGGACACGUUGCCACUAGUCUAGGUAAUAACACAGUCAUGAUGGUAUGGGGCGGUAUCGGGCAAGGUAGAAACAUGGCCGACUCUUCUAUGUACUUUUUUGACCUAACUAAUAUGCAAUGGGUUGGUGAGUCAGAUGCCCAAAACUUAAUUUCGGGCUUAGGAAGUCCGAAUACGACAACCAAUACAACCAAUACAACCAAUGGAUCUACUGAUAAUACGGGCUCACACGAUGAAUCGUCAGGCGCUAUCAUUGCGGCUGUACUUGGCACUAUAGUUGCAAUAGCUCUAUUAAUAUUCUACAUGGUAAGACGAAGGAGGUUACGAAAGACUGCAUCAUUCGAUCGUGCUGUAAACAACGAUCCAUACAUUCGCCCUGGCGGUCAACUCAACGAGAGCCUUUCAGACUUGUCACUAAAUGAGAAUGCCGGUUGGUACGCGGGGCACUCGGAUGAACCAGUUACUGUCAUGACAGAUAAUAACAUGGAAUUUAAAGAUCCGCAGCCUUAUGCAGAUUCAAUGCGGCGUCCAUCAACAACGUCCGUCGAAUCGGAGAAACAGAUGAUCAUGCACGCCCAAGAAAUGUCCAACUCUUUACCUCCGAUGCCAACUGUCAUGCCAGCUACCGUUCCAAAGCCUGACUCGUUACCUCCAAUGCCAAGUAUUGGUUCGGAUUCACAGUAUUAUACUCCAGAAAACACUGAAGCAUCAUCACCUAACCCAUUAUCAAUGCCCACACCACCAUAUGUACCAUAUAAUCCUCCCAGCCCUUCUCCCAAGCCCGUGACUUCCAACCGUAGUUCAGACUCUUCACACUCUAAGAAGGGUCACAGAAGAACGUCGUCAGUUUCAUUGACGGCUGCUGAUUUGGCUCAUCACAUGUUCCCUAAACCGCCAUUACGUAAUUCUGUGUCUUCAACACGAUCUUAUGGUUCACAGCGACCGUUCCAUCGUUCGCGUUCCUCGUUGUCACAAGUUUUCAGUCCCGAUGCCGACGAACCAGAUUACGAGCUUUCUAGUAACCAUUCAAAGAAACCGUCUACUGCUGCUAGUGAUGUCGUACACGCUAUUGGUUCUCCCACACUUCCAUCAUCACCAUUGUCGUAUGAUAAAGAGUUGAAUAACCUCUCAGUGCAGCAUGACGAAAUGGAUGUCUCUCCGAUAGACCCCGAAUUUGCUAAAAUUAUUAACGGUAGUGACACAAUAGAAAGUACUCGACACAGUAACGAUGGUGGUUCUCUAGAUCAUAAAGAAAUUGUUGCCUCAUACGACGGACAACGUAGGGACAACGAACCUUUCCAGUUCCCACCCAGGAAUAGCACAAGUGAACCGUCAGACGACGCGUCAGAACAAGAUCACAUUUACCACGAAAGAACGUUAUCUUACGAUCGCUUACAAACCAUAAGAGAAAGUGAUGUGUUAGACUCUUAUGCCAGGGAGCCAUUUAACGGAGCAGAAGUCGUGGGAGACUCGUCGAUUAGUAGUGAAGAAAAGAAAAAACUAUCAAAGAAGAAGAAACGAUCAUCAGGCCGAGUAUCGUUUGCAACUGUUCAUGAGAAAAUAGAGUUCGACGAGACAGAGUCAUCUCGGAGCGUUUCGUUAGCGAAUUCAAUGGUUUCGGCAAUACCUGAAGAUGGCAUCAAUGGCGAUGGUAACCUCGAACACUAUGAGGAACCAAAACACGAGAAUAUUACCAAUUCAAAGGACAGCAAUACUGAUAUUCGUCCCCUGCGAUUAUAUGAAGAUGAUGAAAACGGGGCGAAUAGUGAUUCGCGAAUAAGUCGUUUCAGUUUUAGUGUUUAUGACUUUACGACCAACGAUCCGAUGCCCUCGAAUGCGGCCGCAAUAAUUGCAAAUGUCCAGGCGAAGAAAGCAGACGAAUAUCGUCCGUCAUCACCGGUGCAAAGAAAGCCAUCGCCAGACAUCCGAAAUAGUAUUGCAGAAGUUGCCAUAGAUGGAGGCGUUCUUUAUGCAUUGAUAUAG